CAGCCGAUGCCGACUUCAUCCUCGGUAUACGAUGAGCACGAUCAAGUAAUGGAGGGUCGUUGGCAAAAACUGAACUGAACGUAUCCUUUAAAAGUUGAGCAAAGAAUAUUGCAGGGUCUCCAGCCUCAACAUCCUCGGGAAGUCCUGGAGAAGCCAGAAUCCGAGGAAGAAGAUGAGCAUUGAAAUCAUUGACUUUGGCUCAUUUGCCUUGGGUAAAGCUCAACCCUCAGACAAUGAAAUGAAACGAUUAUCCACAGAGUUCAUGAGGGAAUUAAAUAAAAAUGGAUUUGUUUACCUCAAAAACACUGGGAUAAAAGAAGAGCAAGUGUUUAGAACAAUGGACAACUGCACAAAGUUCUUUCUACUUCCUGAGGAGAUUAAACAACAAUACGCCACAUCAAAAGACUCUGACAUUCCACACCAUGGAUGGUAUAAUUUUGAGACUGAGAGAUUAAACAGAGAAAAUUACAUUGAACUGAAAGAAGCCUUCAAUUUAUCAGCUUUGACUCCAAGUGAUAAGUGGCCCAUCAAAGAGGCUCCUGAGUUUUCAAAUUCGAUGGAGACACUCUUCAGAACUUGUGAGGAACUAUCUAUUAGAAUUUUGAAAGUUCUGGAACUGAGCCUGGGUGUGGAGACUGAUUUCUUUGUCAACAAGCACCAAAGGAUGGGAACUAUAAUAAAUCCUACAACCUUGCGGGCUUUAAAUUACCCACCAGUACGGAAAUCCUCUCUGAAGGAAAAUCAGACACGAUGUGGAGAACAUUCUGAUUUUGGAACAUUCACUCUACUUUUCCAAGAUAAAAAUGGAGGAUUGGAGGUAAACUCCAGGUCUGGCCAAUACAUCACUGCUCCCUACAUUCCAAAUACAGUUCUCUUCAACAUAGCCAACAUUCUGCAGAGGUGGACAUCUGACAGAUGGACUUCCACAAAACAUCGAGUACCAAUUCCACAGACUGAAGACGCAAUGAACAGGACCAGACAGUCCCUGGCUUUCUUUGUUCAUCCAUCUCAUGAUGCAACAAUCGCAUGUUGUGAUGGACUGGAUAAAUACCCACCCACCUCUUCUAUCCAGUACCUAAAGGAUGUUCAUAGUAAUUUGUUUUGCAAGGAAUUCUAUCCAACUACUGUUUGAUUGGGAUAGCGACUUAUAGACAUCUAUAUGGCUUUGAAAUUGCAGUAAAAGUUACCAAAUGAUUUCUUAACAAAACAUUAAUACACAUAUUCAACAUGUUUUUCCAGCAUAUCGGGGCAACAGUGUCUGCAUAUGCAGGUUUUAUCUUUUGUCAAAUUUCUGAACUAUUUAGUGUUUUGGUUUAGGUUUCUUCAUAGGCAUUUCUAUUGUGGAACUAAAGAAAGGGAAAAAAUCAAAGCUAUUUUAUAUAUAUCAUUCGGCUUUCUUGUAAUUCUUGAAAGACCUGCUGUCGUUGUUGCAGAAGAUGAAGGGUCCAUUUGCCCAACCCGACAACACACCACCGUUUCAUGGUAAAUAGUGGUCACAACACACAUUCCUCAGUAUUCUUCAACAAAAUUGCUAAAUCCCUCACUGAGUACAGCAAAAUGACUGAAUGGUACAGUCCUUCAGUGUUCUUGUGACCAAAUCACAAGUACUAACAUCACUCAGCAGUGUACUAUAUUUCCAGUGAGGGAAUGCUCACCUGUCUGCUCAGGCCCUAAAUAAUACCACAGCUGAGAAAGGCCGCCAGGAUUUUAAAUUUAAUCAUCUAGGAGAAAGAAGAAGCUUGAGAAAAGCUACAAAUACAUGUAAAAAUAAACUCGUAAGAUAGGCUUCUGCUACCAUUUAACUAUUUGCCCUGUUACGUACCCCGUAACUGGGUUGCCAACCCAGCAGAAAUGGAUCACUCAGUUGGAGUCUGGAGUACUAGAACUAAGAAAGUUUUAUUAAAGAAACAAGCAACACAGUAAUCGAAAGGAAAAUAAAUGCAACAGUUCAGCGAUUAUAAACACACAUGUGCACAGAAUUAAGAUAGCAGCAUCAAUCAAGCUCUAUCAUUGUCUAGGGGUAAAUGACCAAAUUUCAAAGUGACUCAAAGUUCAGUCCAGUUUAGUAGUUCAGUUCGCAGUAAUCGUUUCCAUGGCGAUGGACAACGUGGGGGGAGAGAGAGAGAACAGGAACAACUGAUCAUUCAGACAUGGCUUCACUCACAGACCAGCGAUUUUGGGCAGGUCCUUGGUGAUGUCACCUGAGGUCACCGACUGUGACCCCUCCUCCAGAUGCGGUCGAUCCUCUGCAGUGAACCCGGCACCCAGGCAAGGGCGGACACACACCGGGUUCCCGCUGAUCGUACCUUUCCACCCUGGCCGUUGUCUGGUACUUCCCACCGACUUGUGAGAAGCGUACCGCUUCCAGGGUCUCGUUACCUCGGGUGGCGUGUGUGUGUGCCUUAGCAAACCUGUCCCUUUUUAUCCCCCUGCUGGGGCAUCACCUGUCCAUCACUUCAAACAGUUCAAGGUUCAAAGGGGGGAGCCGCUCCAGACAGCUCUCUCUCCCCCGUUCCUUCAUUACACAUCUCCAGACGCUGCUCCAUUGUUCCUUAUCUCUCCUUCCCCUGAGGGCAGGUGGCAGACCACUUGCUGAUGUCACUGAUGCUAACCUAGGCCAGCAAACAUCUUAAUUUUAUGUGUAUUCUCGUCACAGCCCCCAAAUACUCUGGAUUGUUGUCUGGUUCUGUACACCAUUAUUAUUUCAAUAUGGAAUAUUAUCCAUUUUUUGUGGAUAAUAAUCCUCAGAUUCACUCACUACCCAUCUCUCCCCACCAAUCUGGAGGCCAGAUUUUCAUUGACCCUGACAAAGGCCUGGCUCCCUCUCAGUUUGAGAGAUUCAGCACUUGGCCAACUACUUCAAUAGAUGAACCCCAGGUAGGAGUUUCCAUUCCCAACAGCACAGCGCAGCACAACUGGCUUUUUGGUGACUGUGGAGUACGAAAAUCGCUGACUUAAUGAAUAGUAAGCAUCUCCAUCAACACAGUAACAUUCUGACUGACUGUCACUGGAUUGGACAAUCCAGCUCAAAAUUAUAGGAGAUGAAGGCAAAAUGAAGCAUCAUCAAAAGGUUUAUUCAACACAAAAUUUUACAAGUAUUUGGAACCUAAUUUCCCUUUUCCUUUUCAAACCAUAUGUAUUUGUAUAGUCUAUUCGUAGAAGUUUGAUUUAAAAAUACAGAAAUAGGUCACGUUGACUAUAACAAAUAGCAGGAUUUAGCCAUGAUUUUUCUUGAAUGGCAACAAAAGGCUUUGCAUUUAUAUAGUACUUUUUCCAUCCCUAUGAGGACACCUACCCCCCCCCCCCAAGACAGAAAGACAUUUUACAGCUGUCAUAAACUCAGCACACAAGGCUUUCACAAACAACUGUGUGAUAAUCUAAUUUUAAUGAUGUUGUUUGAGCAAUAAAUUCUGCCACUUGGCAGACACCAAAUAAUAUAAUCUAAGGUUCGUGAAAACAGUGGUCCUGCAAAUCUCCAACUCCAAGAUACGAUGAAGUAGACAGAUUUGUAUGUAACAAUAUGCAUGCAUGAAAGUAUAGAUACCAAAUAAAUUUUUCAUUAUA